ACCAUCCCUUCGCCUAUAUACCCUCCUCCGCCGCUCCCGACCGCCCUGACCCUCCUAUCCCCACUGAACCUACGUCGUCCUACCCGAGAAGCGUUGCCGCUUCCGAUAGCAUCCUGUCGUCAUCCCGCCCAGAUCCCUCCGUCGACAGCUCCUACCCAGCCGUCGGUGCUACUGGAAAUUUCCAUCUGUCGUCCACUCGCCGCCGUCGUCGCCGCCCGAGUACCCCUGGCGUAUCUGAAUCCAACAUCGAGGGAACAGGAGGUCAUACCGGAGAUCAUACGGCAAGUGAAGCCGGUGUCUCAGAACAAAGAAUCGUACCCACAAAUACUGCAGAGGGCCACUCACCGUCCCCCAAGCGCAGGCGCCUGACAAAUAUGCGUCCCGAUGGGGUAUCAAGUGCAAAUGGUCCUUCCCACGUGUCUAACGGCUCCGUUACCUCGCCGUCUCACAAGGUGGGUCUUUCCCACUCCUUGAACGGCCAGGCUUCGUACGCUGCCUCUAAUGGCGACCUUCAUACGAAUGGAGUACAAAAGUCCUCGGUCAGUCCUCCAUCCUAUUUCGGACAUGACCGCGAAGAAGUGACGCGCAUUCUCAUUCAAAGUUUGUACGAGCUUGGCUAUAAUGGAGCAGCUUCACUAUUGAGCAAGGAGAGUGGCUAUCAGUUGGAGAGUCCGGCAGUUGCUACAUUCAGAGGUGCAGUGCUUGCAGGACGUUGGGCGGAGGCGGAGCGAAUUUUGGUACAGUCGUUCUAUCCGGAUGGGACGAGGCGGGGGACGAGCGGCGACAGUGACCACCUUCCGACGAAGGAGAGGUUGGUGUUGGUGGAAAAUGCGGAAAUGAAUGAGAUGCUCUUCUAUUUGCGACAACAGAAGUUUUUGGAACUGCUAGAGGCGCGUAAUCUUUCUGCGGCUCUGACCGUUCUUCGGCAUGAGUUAACGCCGCUUAAUUAUGAUAUCGCGCGUCUCCAUGCUCUAUCUAGCCUUCUCAUGUGUCCGCCGGAACAUCUUCAUGAUCAAGCCGGCUGGGAUGGCUCGAUUAGUUCUUCUCGUGAGAGAUUGUUAUCGGAAUUAUCAAAAUCUAUAUCGCCGUCAGUCAUGAUUCCUGACAACCGUCUCGCAAUAUUACUGGACCAUGUCAAGCAAAAUCAGAUCAACCAAUGCUUAUACCACAACACAGCAAGUCCGCCAUCGUUAUAUUCUGAUCACAUGUGCGAUCAGGCGGACUUUCCGUCUCGACCGGGGCUUGAAUUAAGUCAGCAUUCGGAUGAGGUCUGGUACUGUCAAUUCUCCCAUGAUGGCACAAAGUUGGUCACGGCAGGCCGCGACCACAGUGUCAUUAUCUACGAUACCAGCACUUUUGCUGUGCUGCAUAAGUUGAUGGAACAUGAUGACGGUGUUGUGCAUGCUUGUUGGAGCCCGGAUGACUCGAAACUUAUCACUUGCUCUCAGGAUAAAACGGCCCGUGUGUGGAGUGUGGAUGUAAGUCUCGCUUCUUACAAUCUGGACCGUAUUGUGACUAAAUGUUAUACAGACUGGGCGAUGCUUAUUGACCAUUAAUCACCAUCGACAGCCGGUUACAGCUGCAGCCUGGGCGGCAGACGGGGACUCUUUUGUGACCGCCUCUCUUGACAAAGACUCGCACCUAUGCCAUUGGAGUAUGCGCGGUCAUGCUCUGCACAUGUGGCAGGGUGACUUCCGCGUACAGGAUUGUGUCA